CUUGUGCCAUAUGAUUUUUCAAACAAUAUCUGGGGUUGAUUUUAAAUUCUCUAAUUUCUUUAUCCAAUCAGGAUUUAUAUGUAAUAAAUAAUGUCUAACAAAUUAACCAGUAAGGAAAUUUAUACAUUUUUGUCGAAAUUCACUCCCUGUGAUGUUUCUGAUGCUUUAAACAAAAUUGGGAUUAAAAAUGGUGGGUUUAUUCCAAAUUUAGUUCAAAGAUCACAUUCUUCAUCUUCAGCCACUUCAUCUGUUGGUAAAGCAUAUACAGUUUUAUAUGCUCCUAAAUCAGAUCCAAGACCUGAGAUUAAAGUAUCGUAUAUAGAUCAAGUCCCUGAGGGUAGUUUUGUUGUAAUUGGAUUACCAUUAUCAGUUCAAUUGAUUUCAGCUCCAUAUACAAAAGUUAACAAUGCUAUGUAUGGAGGAUUAAUGUCUACUAGAGCUCAAUAUCUUAAGGCCAAUGGGUCUGUAGUAUUGGGUAGAAUUAGAGAUUUAGAUGAACAUCAAGAAUUACUGUAUCCUGUUUGGUCAUAUGGAGUUGGAACUAGUGCACCAGGCCCAUUACUUAAACUUGUAGGAAUUAAUGUCCCACUUGAGGUUAAAGUUUCUUCAAUAGAAGAUUCUAAAGAAUAUGAUAUCCUCACUAUUAAUCCAGGAGAUUAUAUAAUUGGUGAUAAGAAUGGGAUUGUUAAAUUAGAAGACAAUGAAAAGCUUUCGGAAGUCUUAGAAUAUAUACCUAAAAGAGUUGAAGCUGAUACUAAUGUCAGUAAAGAUAUUAAAUUGGGUAAACCAGCCAAGGAAGCCCAAACAUAUUGGCGUAGCAAGAUUUAGAUUUGUAUACAUAUACUUUAAAAUUAUAUUUAUUUAUUUUGUUUAUUUAUUUAAUUAUCUACUUAAUGAUAUAGUAACAUACGUAUUAUUAGUCUA